CACAGUCGCGGUCUCUCAGUCUCCCGCUUGCGCGCGCUCGUGCGCACGUAUCUUUUACAAAGGUACGCGACACGCAAAGUUCAGUAGCUGUCCGACCGUCGAUUACAAAACACACACACACACCCGGCCGGACCACCCGAUCAGACCGUAGUAGGCCGUAGGGAAAGUGUAGGCAAAAGUGCAUUCGUUUGGUGGUUGCUUGCUGUAUGACGCACACGGUCUGAGCCGUCUCGAUGGUGGAACCAGUCUCGUUACCCUUGGUGGACCAUCUCGUUGUGUACGGGUUUCAGUAUCUGCUGGUGUGUUUGUUCUUUCUGUCCGAGCUGUCGUACGUGAAGCAGGAUGUACCGGUGCAAACAUCUAGACGCACGGUGCAUAGCAUUUUCUCCGCAUUCUUAGUGCUCGUCACGCUGGUGGGUGUGGUGGUGGCCGCCUUCCGACUUGUGGAUGACUCUGUUGCCGUCUGGCGGGAUGGAAUAGAGGCCAUCUCCUUGGUGGGCAUUCUCUUUCUACAGAUUUACUCCAUCCGACGCAAUGUGGAUCACAUCUAUCUGUUUACCUUCUGGACGCUGCGAACGCUUGCCCUCUCGAUGGACGUUGCGUUCGACCGCACAGAGUGGUACGAUUUUAUGCAUCUCAUGCUAGCGUUCGCUUGGCUCUGUGCGUGCGGGAUUCGAUCGUACAGCGGCGGAGGGCAUGAUUCCAGCACCGGUUCCAACACUCCCCGCAAGCCAAACUUCAUCCGUGGGCUCUUUUUCUCCUGGAUGGACAGCACGUACCGGGAAGCACAUCGUGGAAGUGUGGCCUUCUACCAGGGUACGCUCUUCCAGGGAACGCUGCCGGAAGAUCGGAGAUGUGAGCAGCUGCUUGAGCUGUACGAGAAAGCAAAUGCACGGCGUGGCUAUACCGCCGUGGACGAUGGCAGUGGACGGAUGGAAAGUGAGCGGUGUCGCUUUACCAUUGGGAAGCUAUUGAGCCCUUUCCGCGGUGAGAUCAUACUGGCCGGAUUGAAUCGGUUCGUGCUGAUCUCAUUGUUCUUUCUCUGCCCUUACCUGCUGAGAUUACUACUCGAGGAGAACCAACCCCGGAUGUACCAGAAGUGGAUCGUAACGGCACUGUUUGAUGCAUCGACGGUUAUCGCUAUCCUCAACACGCACUACCAGCACACCACCCAAGACAUCGGUCUGCGCAUUCGCUCCAUCCUGAUGGGAGCAAUCUAUCGGAGCAUCCUGCAGGACGGCAUCACCUCCAACGCGUCCAGCGAUACACUAACCAGCGACACGGCACUGUUUGUUCCCUUCAUCCAAAAUCUACACAUGAUGUGGUCCGCACCGUUGAUCAUCCUCAUAACGUUUGUGGCGCUAUGGGUAGGCGUCCUCGGACCAAUCGGAACCGUAGGCCUCGCGAUAAUAGUAGCCGUGAUCGCAAUCACCCGUAAAUUGGCGAAAAUGAUCGCCGCACAGGAGAAACACAUCACGGCUCACAGUAACGAUCGCGUCCGACUCACAACCGCUUCGAUCGAGCAGAUGCAACAGAUCAAGUCGGAUUUGAUGGAACAGUUUUUCGAGCAGCGUAUUGGCGAGCAUCGACGGGCGGAGUUGACCCAUAUGCGCACCUACAUCUUGUACGAUGCGCUAAAGUAUCUGCUAAGCAUUGCCACACCGAUGAUCGUGGCUUGCGGUACGUUUCUGUUCAUGUACGUGGUGGGUAGUGGCACUUUGCUGACCGUACAGUCGAUGUUUGUGGCAAUCGCUCUGUUCGGUCUUACGCGCUACCCGUUGUCGGAGCUGCCGAACCUGAUGGCCAACUGGGGCACGAUCAAUGUGAAGCUACAGGUCAUCAACGAGGUGGUGUGCAGUGGCAAGCAGACCAAAUCGAGUGGAAAGAUGCCACAAAAUGGCACUACAACUGGUGGAGCUUGUAGAGGGAGCUUUGAGAAGAUGCAGGAAGUGGUGCACACGUUCGUCGAUCAGCUGGAAGACUCGAUUGCGGACACGUCAAGAGCUGAAUUACUGAGGAUAGAGCGUGCAAAGUUUUCCACGGAAAAGAAUACAAUCCUACGGGGUAUUAACUUAACGCUGCGGGAGGGUACCUUUACCGGAGUUAGUGGAACGCACGGUUCUGGGAAAACCUCUCUGCUGCGUGCGAUGAUUGGUAGACUGCAACGGACGGGAGGCACCAGUACGAUCGCGUGGAAUCGUGUCGCUUACUGUCCUCAGACACCAUGGAUACACAGUGGGACCAUUCGGAGCAACAUCCUGUUUGGGCAGGAGUAUGAAAAGUCCCGCUAUGAGGAGGUACUUCGUGCUUGCUGUCUGGAGGAAGAUCUGAAGACAUUCCCAGAUUACGACGAGCGUGUUGUGAGUGAAGGAGGACACUCUCUGUCCGGUGGUCAGGCACGACGAGUCUCGCUGGCACGUGCCGUUUACCGACAUGCGGAUGUGUAUCUGCUCGAUGAUCCACUACGUUCGCUCGAUCCGAAUGUAGCCCGCAAGGUGUUUGAGGGUGUGUUCCAUCGUCAGCAUGGAUUGCUUGCGGGAUGCACGUGUGUGUUUAUAUCCCAUGAUCCAGAACAUCUGGCAAUUGCUGAUAAAGUGCUGGUGAUGGCUGGUGGUACGAUUGAAAAGGUACUAAAGCCAGCCGAAGUAAGUGUGGAGCUGCUUGGUCAACUGAACGGAGCAGAGGACGAACCAGAGCAGGAAGAGAAAGUCCCUAAAGCAGACCAGCAGAACAAAAAACGCGCCAGGAAAGCUCAACCAAAAGGCACUGACCACGGAGAGGGUAAUGUUUCGCUCGGGCUUUACGUUACCUUCGCACGGAUGCUCAAGCGGCGUUACUGUGUUGGAGCGUUAUGUUUCGAGGCUACGGUUACAGCGCUUGAUAUCGUCAUCAUCACACUGCUUGCUCAGUGGGCUGCGAGUGACAAACAGACGAGUGGAGCCCUCCUCCACACUACAUGGAUUUUGUGCGUCUGGGUACUUCUAAUAUUCCUCAAAACAGCAAUCAUUCACUGGGCCGGUUUAAGCCUAUCGAAACGCGUCCACUUCCAAAUGCUGGCCACCAUCCUCCGCCAACCGAUGGAGUUUUUCGAUCGUAAUGAUUCCGGCGUGAUCGUGAAUCGCUUCUCGAACGAUCUGAAAGUGGUCGAUAAAACGAUCAUCACAAGCGUUCGUUCGGUGCUGAGCGCCUCGUUCAGUGUGCUCGGCACGCUGAUGCUGUUCGUGUACAAGCUGCACAGCAAGCUGCUGCUCUUUGUGCUCGCUUUCACAGCGGCCCUCAUGUUAGUGUGCGGUCUGAAGCGGUUGCUAAGCUACCAUCUGCAGGUAGCGCGAACGUUGAAGCGCUUCGAGGCAAGCUCACGCUCACCGAUCAUUCUGCAGUACAAUGAAACGAUCCAGGGCAUUGACACGAUCAAAGCGUACGAGGCGGAGGAUCGCUUGUUGCGACAGUUCCUCGAGAGGGUGGACACGCACCAGAACUACAUUUACCACAACCGGUUCGCAAACAGGUGGAUCGGUAUACGGUUGGAGUUUAUCGGAGCGAUUGUGAUUUACUACGUCGCUCUGCUCACCGUCAGCAAUCAAUCGAUGGUUGGGUUUGCGUUUGUGGGCAUCAUUGUAAGCUAUGUGUUGCGGUUGAUUCCUUCGCUGAACUCACUGCUGCUAGCGUUAGGUGCGCUGGAGGAAAACAUAAUCUCGUUCGAGCGGGUCGCACAAUAUUUGGACCUGCAGCGCGAAACAAACGAUGAAACGGGUGUAGAUUAUCCAACGAGCGGAACGGACAAGCACCCAGUCCUGGGGCCAAUCAUCUACCGAGACGUUUCGCUAACGCACGCUGACGGAUCUACGGUUCUGCACAACGUAACGCUUACGAUAGCGGCUGGAGAAAAGCUGGGCAUUGUAGGUCGUACCGGGUCAGGGAAAUCCAGCUUCAUUGGGACACUGUUCCGGUUCUAUCCCAAACACACUACGGGAUCUAUUUCUAUCGCACACGUUGAGCUGGGGCGCAUAUCACUUCAAAAGCUGCGCGGUGAGCUAACACUUGUUCCCCAAAGUACGAGCCUGUUUUCGGGCGUGGUGCAAAACUUUAUCGAUCCACGGAAUGGACACACGGACGAGGAGCUCAUUCGUUGCUUGCGUGAUUGUGGGCUGGAUAACGUCCACUUGGCGACACCGCUCGAGAGUCUUUCCGUUGGCCAGUGCCAGCUGUUGUGUCUGGUGCGUGGACUGCUGAGGAAGAAACCGAUCAUCAUACUGGACGAAGCGACCUCGGCGCUGGAUGAAGCGACGGAAGAUCUAAUACUGAAGGUGUUGGAUAAACAGUUUCAAGGUCGCACUGUGCUGAUGAUCGCACAUCACCUGAACACCGUGCGUAACUGUCAUCGCGUACUGUGGUUGCAGGAGGGACGGGUGCGUAAGAUUGCGCCACUGCAGGAUUAUACGGUGGAGGAGCGGGCUGAGCUUGGGUUUCGAGAUUAGUGUAUCUUUGGGUGUAGCUGAGUUGUGAUAUGUAUUGUUUUCUCAAAUAUUUUGUUUUAAAAUUGGAAGACGUAAAGGAGACAGUGGUAUGCUGCCAAAAUUGUACUUAAUAGGAAGCUUUGAACCAAAUCAAGUAACGAACAUUUAUAUUUAUAUGUACUUAUAUCGUGAAAUAUACAUUGCCUAGCAUAGAAUGGGCAGCGAAU